AUGCCGGCAAAACAAGCCCGCGUAAGGGAGAUAGCUUCUCAAGCCCUUCCUCCAUUCCUCCUCGGCCCAAAUCACACCAAAUCCAACGCCCUCCACGAUAUCGAGUUUGUGGGCGAGCUCCAUCGUUGGUCCAAUUUCCUCCGUUUUGUCGAAAAUGAGAUCCAAGGUCAGAGAUGGAGCACCAAGGUCAUCAAGUACACCCAUCGAUUAGGCAACCCUGAGGCUGAAUCGCAAGUUAUUGGCGAUGAAACAGGCCUUCAGGGUGUUUUCAGUCAUUCGGUGGGAUUUAUGGUCGGAAAAAUCCUAAAGGCCCAGUCAAUCGAUCUAGAAUUUGCGGACUUCAAGUGCCUUGGAAACCACUAUGCUAACACGCCUGAUAGCAUUCUCAUGACCAAGAAUGUUGAGCUAAAGGUUGUUGGGGAGCUUAAAGUCCCUUGGGUGUACGAACACGAGAUGUGCGAGGCGUAUGAGGAAGAAAGUAUGCUUCGCUAUUUGCUUGCCCAACCGAUCAAAUAUAUGAAGGAUCUGAAUUGUAUGUAUGGCUUCAUGAGUAACUACUGUGAGACGAUAUUCCUUCGGCAGGAGUUCAUUGCAGGCAGAUGGAUCAUCGAUUACUCCCCAGUCGUUCGGGCAUCUACCUCCUAUGUCAAGACGGACAUGGCCGAUCUCCAGGCUACACCAGUUGUGUCAUUGAGGCAAUGUUUCCUUGCUGUUGCGGCUCUAGCACAGACACAGGGGCCUGUCUACAACACAACACCAAAUUCAGAAUGGGUUGUGAAAUUGAGAUGA